AUGUCCUCUGUCGCUACCGAUCAACCAUCCCCGCCACUCGCGGGCGAUGGGGUGAACAAACGCAAGCAGGGCUCCGCGGCUUGCGUUCAUUGCCAUCGGCGCAAGGUUCGCUGUGAUGCCCGAGCCGUAGGGCUUCCUUGCACCAACUGCCGUUCGUCCGGAAAGACCGACUGCCGCAUCCAUGAAAAGAAAAAGCGUCUUGCUGUCCGUUCGAUUCUCGACCCCGUUCCCAUCCGAUCUCGGCCUCUACCGACAUCCGAGAAUAAUCAUUCCACGACAGCGACCCCAGGGUUUCCGGGCGCAUUUCCCGGCAGCAAUACGGCGACACCACUUGCAAGUGGUCUUCCACAACAUGGAUUCCAGUCAAACGCGGGGUCUCAGCCAUUGAUGCGGCAAGAUCUGUCGCAUGCGCAUGAGGCACACACGGAGAUGGAGCAGCGUCUAGUUAAGCUCAUCGAUGAAGAGGAUUCCGGUAGAAGGGAGAUUCAACGGGGAGUGCGUGCAUUCUACGUUGGCCAUGAGCAUUCAAACAUGUCCUUCCUGAUUCGCCAGCAACGAGAUCAAGACGACGACGUCUUCCAUUUUGCCAGCAAUGAGAUUCCACGGCGACAGAUCAAGACAGGGCAUGACCAGUUGCUCAUGGAUGCACUCACCUUACCCGAGACUCCUCUUGCCGAUGAGCUGGUGCAGGCUUACUUCACUUACGUGAACCCCGGAUUCCCGGUCGUCGACGAAGACUUGUUUAUGACUCAAUAUCGAAACAAAGAUCCUACUGAUCCUCCGCCAAUUCUGCUUUUGCAAGCUAUCCUCCUGGUGGGGACCCAUGUGACCAAGGCAAAAGUCGAGCGAGACGCGCUCAAGGAGAUCUUCUUCCGGCGGACCAAGUAUCUAUUCGAUAACCGUAUUGAGCGGAACCGUGAUAUUCUCGUGCAGACGGCUCUGCUGUUAACAUGGCAUUCUGACAGUGCCGAUGACGAUGUCGCGGCAGAUGCUCAUUUCUGGGUCGGUGUCGCUGCCCGGAUAGCCACUGGGUUAGGCAUGCAUCGUAACCCGGUCUCCAGCAGCUUUGUCACCCGUGACCGCCGGAUGUGGAGACGGGUUUGGUAUAUAUUGGUGCAGUUCGAUGUGAUGGUGUCUUUAUCGCACGGCCGGCCUCAAGCCAUCAACCUUGACGAUUCUGAUGUAUCUCCGUUGACGCCUGCUGAUUUCGAGAACUGUGGCCCCCAUGUUCAAACAGAUUUUGUGAUUAACUUUACCGAACUGUGUACGAUGAUCUCGUAUGUCAUGCGCGAUCGAUUUGGACUCCGGGCUUCCGAUGAACGACGAAAGGCUGUUCUCAAAGAGGCCGAUGAAUCGCUGGCUAAUUGGUCCUUGAAACUCCCUGAUAACCUCCGACUUCGAGCGUCUGACAUGGAUCCAUGGUCCGCCAUGCUCCAUUUGACAUACAAUAAUUUUCUGAUUCUCUUACAUCGACCACAUCCCCGAGCAUCGGCAUAUAACGACGACUAUGGGCCCCACGAUGCAGAAAUCUGCAGUGCUGCAGCGGGUGUCAUUGCAUCAAUCUUUGAAGAGCUGAGGAUGAAUGACCGUCUGAAAUACCUCUGGUACACUGGCGUCCACACUCUCUUCACAGCCAUGAUCCAGGUUCGGGUGGAGCUUCGCUUUUCCAAUCCAGUUCUCGCUAUCAAUGCCCUACGACGCUUUGACUCAGCAUCGUAUUCGCUACGGGAACUGGCCAACUAUUGGGUUCAUGCAGGCACGAUCCUCCGACUUUUCGAAGACUCUAAGCGUCUGCAGGACGAUCUGCGCUUGGCCACCCGAGAAGGCCCCAAGCCUUUCAAUGGUAGUCAGCCUUCCAACAAAAUGGCCACUACAGACGCCGCAGCUGCCAUGCAAACCACCCAAACGCCCCGGCCCUUGUCGUUCGGCGUGCCGACGCCCGACUCAACACCAUUGCAGCAAACAACCCUAUCGCCUCAACCAAAUCCUCCUCAGUUCGACAACUGGAUCACCGCUCCUCUCCGGCUCAAUGUUGGACCCUUGGAUAGAAGCGAGUCUUAUUCGAACAGUGCUAUGCAGGUGGACCAGAUAGAGCCGUCUCGAGACCUUAUGGACUGGCGACAGCUCUUCUCAUUCACGGACUCUGAUCUACCAGUCCCCAUGACCGUUGAGGGUCUCCCUGAGCUGGAAGAUGAGUGGCGGCAGAUCUACUGGCAGGAUACGCCGAUGGCGGAUCUCAUCCAUGACGGUGGAUGGAUGCAUAACUAG